CCGUCCGGGGGCGUUCCUGGGAGCUGGGGGCCGGCGAGGCUGGACCCGACGCGCCCGGGAGGAGCCGGCCGGGGCCACGUGACCCAGCGCGGCGGGGCCGGCGGCCCAGAAAUAGCAGCGGCGGCGGUUCCGCCCGCGGGCGGCGCGAGCGAGGAGCCGAGGCGGGAGAAGCCGGCAGGGCGCGGGCGCGGCGGCCCCGGAGGAUGCUGCUGAGCCCCGGCCCUGUCCGGCCGCGAGCACAUGAUGGCUAUACGCGAGCUCAAAGUGUGCCUUCUCGGGGACACUGGGGUUGGGAAAUCAAGCAUUGUGUGUCGAUUUGUCCAGGAUCACUUUGACCACAACAUCAGCCCUACUAUUGGGGCAUCUUUUAUGACCAAAACUGUGCCUUGUGGAAAUGAACUUCACAAGUUCCUCAUCUGGGACACUGCUGGGCAGGAGCGGUUUCAUUCAUUGGCUCCCAUGUACUAUCGAGGCUCAGCUGCAGCUGUUAUCGUGUAUGAUAUUACCAAGCAGGAUUCAUUUUACACCUUGAAGAAAUGGGUCAAGGAGCUGAAAGAACAUGGUCCGGAAAACAUUGUAAUGGCCAUCGCUGGAAACAAGUGCGACCUCUCAGAUAUUAGGGAGGUUCCCCUGAAGGAUGCUAAGGAAUACGCUGAAUCCAUAGGUGCCAUCGUGGUUGAGACAAGUGCAAAAAAUGCUAUUAAUAUCGAAGAGCUCUUUCAAGGAAUCAGCCGCCAGAUCCCACCCCUGGACCCCCAUGAAAAUGGAAACAACGGGAUCAAACUUGUGAAGCCAACCAGUCAAGCCAGCCGCCGGUGCUGUUGACCCAAGGGCCGUGGUCCGUGGUACGUGGUAGUUGAAGAAGCCAGAGCCCACAUCCUGUGCGCUGCUGAAGGACGCUAUGCUCGGUGGCCUGGCACCUCACUUUGAGAAGAGUGAGCACACUGGCUUUGCAUCCUGGAAGACCUGCAGGGUGCGGGGCAGGAAAUGUUCCUGAAAAUGAUUUUAGAAAACCCUGGGAAAACCCACCACACCACCACAGAAUGGCCUUUAGUGUAUGAAAUGCACACAGAAGGGAAGUAGUUGCAUUUUUGCUAAAAAAAAAAAAAAAAAAAAAGAAAAGAAAAAAAGGAAAAAACCUUUAAAAAUUCUUGGAUGUACAGAAGUCUUACUGCCUUAUUAUGUGUGUGGGAUUCUAAAGUGGUGUUCCACUCGGAUUUCCUGUGCUGCCUAUCCAAAUUCCAGUAACUACUUCAAUGUCAUUGCCUUUGUUACCUAACCAACCUUCACUGAAAGGCAAAUUCAAUUCAGGAGGUUAGUUUUUAGCUAGCUUUGGAAGCAAGCCUUUAUUUAUUACUUUUCAGAAGGAAAUCAGAGAAGUGUCAGUGGAGCGUCACUCAGACUGAGACUUCAGCUAUUAAAGAAGCCAGGAAAAGUGUAUUAGAAACUGUAGUCUACACCACUUUGAAUUGGUGAACAUUUCUCUAAGUUAUGGUGAUAUAUACCCAAACAAACCAAAUCAAACUAAAUUAUUGCGUAUAAUUUUGGGAUCGGGUGGCCUAGUUUGAAAGAGUGAUUAGAUGCAGGAUAUACACGUUAUUCAAGAGACCACCUGACGUGCAUCCCCUCCACAGGAAUACGUUCCUUCUCUCUUAGAGAAGUUUAAUGCACAUGGUAUUACUUUACUAAGAGAAUAUCUCUUGAUGUCAUAUCUAGGGGAAGAGAAUUAACUGGAAUUAAAUUUAAUGUUUGAAUCUAAAUCAUUGGGCAAAAUUCUAAUAAUAGCAAUUAAUAAUAGGUUACAGGAAAGCCAGCCAGAGGAAGUAUCAGUACUUUAAAAU